ACUUUUUGUAGCUGUUAGAACUAAAGCAGACUGAGACAAAUCUCAAUUUCUGCAUUGUUUCAACCUAGGGAGUUUGUUAUUGAAUUACGAACUCAAUGUUUGUGGAGAAUUAUUGAAAAGAAUGAAAACACCUGUACGGUUUUGCACUUGAGAACGGCAGAAGUACUGACACGAGUUUUCCUGGCUUUAUGUAAAUGUUUUUUUGGAGGGGAUUUAGAGAGCACAGAGGUGACAGCCCUACCUUUAGCUGCCUUGGUAAUGGGUGCUCUGCCACUGCAUCUUGCUGAAGGAUUCAAAAGAGGCUGAUCCACCUAGCAGGGAAGGUGAAUAACAUGUAGUAGGGAUGCUGGCCACCAAGAACGUGGACACUGUGGUAGUCAAAUAUUGUUUUUCCUGUGUAUAAGUUAUUUUUCACCAAGAUUUUCAUGGGGGGAAAAAAACAAACUAAAAAUCUCCUUGUCCCACCACAGCCCUCCAUGCUCGGUUGAAAUAUGUAGCUGAGAAAGUCUGGUUGAAAGUAGAAACUCCUGGGGUAAGAAUCCUGCAGCAGUACUCCAGGGCAAUUAUAUUUCACAUUUGAUGAAUUCAUUCUGUAGACCCCAACCUAGGUUAUAUUUUCCAUGAUGUAGUAUCUCAUCCAGCUGGGGAGAUACACUUCUGUGGUAGAUCUUAGCUCUACAGGAGAAGGGUGGGGCAUGUCACCUACUGCUGCCAGGGGCAGUGGUUUACCAUUUCUGAAUUUUCUGUGGAAAGUGGACAGUUUUAGAACAGAAAACUUUAUUAAAAGGUUGGGGGAGUAGGUCAGUGUUUACUAAUGGAUCAGCUCAGGCUGUGUUUGGUAAGAAAGGGAAAAAGAGGGUGAGGCUCAGAUGUCUUAAACAUUACUUGUGGCAUAUUCUCCCAAAAUAAAGCUGAUUCGUAUUUGGAAAUGAUUUGACUGCAGGGAGAUGGUUUAGAACAUAAUAUACUAUGCAGAUUUCUACCUAAUUUAUUUGUCCAAUUAGAUCAUUAAAAUGCCUCAAGCAUUUGUGGCUUGGUUUUAUUUUGUAGCAUUUUUAAGAGAAACUCAGCAUCUUUUCCUUGCAGAAAUCUUGUCCGCUUAUUCUCCACUCUGGGGUUUCUGGAUGAGGAUGAUUAAGGUGUGUAUAUGGGUUGGGAGAAACUGAUGCAGAGAAGACUGGGAACUGUUUGAAAGUGGUAUUAAUCAAAGGUUGCAGGAGGUGGUGGCUUCACCAGAGACUUUCCUGUGACAUAUUAAUUGAACUACAUUUUUGUGGCUACUUAACUCUGACGCUGUAUUUUUGCGGCUACUUAACUCUGACACUGUAUUUUUGCAUGGACAUUAAAUUGCACCUUGUUAGAACUUUGGCAGCCUGCAUUGUAAGUCCCACGAAAACAGAGAUAUUUUUUUAGAUUUUAAAUUAGGGAAGGUACUAAUUGUAAACAUUUUUUGCUGGUUGCCCUAGAUGUAUUUCAGCCUUAUAUCCUCCUCCCUACCUGCAGUUCUUCAACUCUAACUUUGUACAGAUUAUCAAAUUAAUGCUGUCAUGAGAGUGUGGUACUGAGCCAGACCAUGGCUGUCCUUGUUGCAUAAUGCAGAUAGCUUAGGCCAGGGGAGUUUUUAGCAAUAGUGAAGAAGGGGUGGGGUGUGGAGGACACACUCUGUAAUUGAGGUUCAAAGCUAGUUGUUUCUGCUUCUCAAUCUGUACAUGAGCUGUUCAGCUGCUACAGGCAGAAGUGGUAGGAAGCAUCUCUCACCUAGAUGUUUUAUCAUCAGGGAGAAGUGAAAAGGGAAGGCUUUCAGAAGCAGCACAAAGCUGAAGAUGGAUAUUAAGAGCAUGAAGAACUAUCUGUAUUGGCUGUACUGCCAGUUUGAACUGAUCACCUGCAGCUAUCUCAUGGAGCCCUGGGAAAAACUGCUUUUCUAUACCUUCAACAUUACUAUGUUAGUUAUGCUAUUAUACACCGCUUACAUCUUUGUCCCUGUCCACGUUAGCAUGGCUUUUCAAUUCUUCUUGCACUUAUUUGGAAACCAACAUGAAAAUACUGUUUCUGUCGUGAAGUAACAUCGUCAACCUGACACUGACUUUUGGAUCAACAAAGUGUUUUUCUUAACACUCCGUUUUUGUUUAGAAACAGGUUCAGUGUGUGUGCAAACACUGUUUUAUUCUGCAGUAUCUUUUAAUGUUCUUCUGUAUUCUGGGACUCUCUGACAGCAAAUUAUUUUGCCAAAACAAUUGAAAUCCGUCCUUGUUUUUAUUGUUUGACUGACUGCUUCUUAAAGAGCUUUCCAUUUUAAAGACUGGCUGGAGUUAGGAGGCUGGAUUUGGUACAGAAACAACCGUGCUGCAUAUUUUGUUAUUCCAGGGAGAGCUGCUCUGAUACGGAGUUUUCAUCUUGAGAAAGUACAUGGCAUGCCUUUGUUCUUGUCUGCCUUACCUUUGCUGACAGGAGAGAUGUGUACAAAAAAGGUUUUGCACAAUGCUGUACAACUAUAAACUGCUUCUCUAAGCUUGGUAUGUAUGUAUUUAUAGAAUGAUUUUGUUAUUUAUGUACUUUCCUCAGUUAUUUAAUACAAUUAAUUACUUGACUGGUUCAUCAUCAUUAUGGAAACAAUGCAGUUGAUUUAUUAAAAAUGUGGGGAUUUACUUCCAUGAAAAUUUAUAAUAAAAUUCUCAUAUUCUUAGACUUUAUUAAAAAAAGCGUGCAUAUCAUAUACAGAACAUGAAAAUACAUAUUCAGUUGUGGAAGGACCAUUUCAGUUGAAAAACAAUAAAAAGCCUGC